UAAACAUGAGAAAAUGAACCGAAAAGAUUCCACGCUAUCUUAAUCUCAAUCGAGGUCAUUCUACGAUAUACUAUUUAAGAAGGAAACGUAUAUAUACUUUACUGUACAUAAACAUUCGACUAAUCGUCGAAUUGUCAACUUUUGUCUAAUGAUAACGUCUUUUCGAAGAAUUCCACCACAAAAAAUAUUACGAUUACACAACAAAGAUUUUAAUAAUCUCGCAUUGUUCACAGAUAAAAUAUGACAAAAUUAGAUUCAUACCAAGUCGAUCAGAGAGAGCCGCUUUUAAAUGCACUCGAGAAGCUCGGCGAAGGUUCCAAUUUUCUUUAUUUGAUUUUCAUUUUAACGACGAUACCGACGUUGUUCAACGGAAUGCAUUCCAUGGCAUAUAUCUUCAUAGCCGAAGUUCCUAACCACUGGUGUUCCAUACCAAUUCUUACUUCAGCGAAUUGGACUGAUGAGCAAAUAAGAAACAUUUCAUCAGCCAGUUCUUGCACCCAAUACGAUUAUAACUAUGAAAACUUUGCAAAAAUAGGUUUCGAAGAGGCUCUCAAAUAUAAGAACAAACAUCGAAUAUUAAAGACAACGGAAUGCAACGUUCGAAGUUUCGCACGUAACACAGAAGGUACUUCUUUCGUGGAAGAUUGGGACCUCGUGUGCGACAAAAUGGCUGAUAGAUCCAACACCCAGAUGAUGUUCUCUCUUGGAAAACUCUUAGGAAGCGCAUCGUUCGGUAUUAUUUCCGACAAAUAUGGUCGCAAAUUCGCUUACGCCAUUGGUAUAGUUAUGUUGAUUAUAUCUGCUCCGAGCAGUGCGAUCGUACCUUGGUUUUGGUGCUUCAUGAUCCUUAGAUUAAUAAAUGGGAUGAGUCAUGCCGCCAUUUUGUAUCCUUCCUUUACUUUUCUAACCGAAAUAGCCAGUGAAAAGCAUAGACAAUGGAUGGGUGUAGCAUAUAACGCUGGAUAUCCUGUAGGAACAGCAAUUAUGGCUAUUAUAGCAUACGGUUUACAUAAUUGGCGAUACAAACAAUUAGCAUCGACAUUGCCAGCUUUAAUUAUGCUUCUUUUUAUAUGGCUGAUGCCAGAAUCACCGCGAUGGCUUUUGUCACAAAAUCGUUUAAAAGAAGCCCAGAAAGUGAUCGAGAAAUAUCACGGGCCUAUUUAUAAAACAACAAACACCUAUUCUACAACGGCUGCACAUAAGCUUAUAUUACAAACUCAAUUGGAAGAAACGGAGAAUCAAGUGUCAAAUUCCUCUACUCAAGGACAUAAAUUAAAGAACAAUAUAAAAGGACUGGUUAUUAUUCUCUUUAACUGUGAAUUGUUAAAAAGAGUAAUGAUCACAAAUUUCGCAUGGCUUACAGCUUCCCUUACUUAUUAUGCGUUAGCGUUAAACGUGGAUAAUUUCUCAGCUGAUCGUUACCUUUACAUUUUCGUAAUGGGUAUCACCGAAAUACCAGCUUACUUGAUACCAACGCCCAUUUUGAUGUACUUGGGACGAAGACAAGCUUGUGCUAUAAUGUACACUUUGACGGCAUUACUUUUAUUCAGUAUUCUUAUAAUACCAACUACGGAAAGUCUGACUAUAAUAAUCGUCGCUCUAACAGGAAGAUUCAUGUUAUCUGCCGUUUACAGCAUCAUAAUACUAUAUACUUCAGAAUUGUUUCCUACGAUUACAAGAAAUUCUGCGGUUGGUAGCAGCUCAGCAAUGUCUCAUGUAGGUAGCGUAUCAUCUCCUUACGUCGCUGAUUUAUUAGGUGCCAUUGCUUGGUGGGCACCUAGUACUUUAUGUGCUUUUUGCGCUCUCCUAUCUGGUUUACUCUCGCUGAUGCUACCGGAAACACGUGGAAGACCAUUGACCGACACAGUGGACGAAGAAGUCACGAAGGAACGUGGUCUCGUUGAAAUAAAAAAUUGUUUUGCAUGUAAUAAAUAACGAUCCGAUGGUUCAACCCGACAAUUCAAUGCAAUUAAAAUUACUACUACUGUUAUUAAAGUAAUAUCAUAAUCUAGAUGAGACUUAUGUGAUAAGAUUAAAAAAAAAAAGACGUUGCUACUUAUAAUGGAGAACACUUACAAGGACACUUAUUAAUUGGUAAUAAAGUUGUGUUAAAGUAUAUUAAUUAUUACCAAUACAACGUGAUCAUCGAUUCACAUCGAUUAUCUGGGAAACUAACAAAAAUAUCAAUGCUGUGAAAUGAAACAUCUAUUACUCUUACUUUUUAAUACAAAU